GAGAAGUUACCAUGGCAGGAGCUCUGCACUUCAUCCUGCUGUUAGUUCUGCACUGUGGAUCAUUCCUCCUCGUUAUUUCACUGAGAUCCACCGUGGAUCCAGAUGCAGCUUUUCCUACAACUCAGAGUCCUUCUUCUGCAGGCAGAACCAACGGCACUGAGGUUCCCACCACAGGAUUCACAACCAGUUAUAGAAAGUCAACAGACAAACCUCCAGAAACCACCACAACUACUAAACAUGUGACUGGAGAUGAUGGUAAAACAGUAGAGACAGCAGGGUCUACUAAAGACACAAAAGAAGAAGAGUUAGAAGAAGGUCCUUUGGAGUUGGAAUGUCCUCCUCUGGGUCUGGAGUCACUGAAGGUCAAAGACAACCAGCUGAGAGCGUCUUCCUACAAACGCAGAGGCCUCGGCCCUCACCGCGGCCGACUCAACAUCCAGUCUGGGAUAAAGGACGGCGACAUCUACGACGGCGGCUGGUGUGCUCAGCACAGAGACAGGAAGCAGUGGCUGGAGGUCGACGCCCGCCGGCUGACUCGCUUCACCGGUGUCAUCCUGCAGGGCCGCAGCUCCAUCUGGAGUUGGAACGUGGUGCAUUCCUACAAGGUGCAGUUCAGUAACGACUCGUUUGUCUGGAGGCCGUCUAUGAACGGGACGGAGGAGGCUGUGUUUGAGGGAAGCCAGGACUUGGAGACACCGGUCCUCGCCCUCUUCAACACUUCCACGGUGGCCCGCUACAUCCGGAUCAACCCUCAGACCUGGUACGAGAACGGGACGCAGGGCGACAUCUGUCUGAGAGCCGAGGUGCUGGGCUGCACACUCCCAGAUCCAAAUAACAUCUACGCCUGGCAGACAGAGCCAACAGAGUCUAGAGACAAACUGGACUUCAGACACCACAACUACAAGGAGAUGAGAAAGUUGAUGAAGUCGGUGAACGAGGCGUGUCCUGACAUCACCCGCAUCUACAGCAUCGGGAAGAGUUACUCGGGUCUGAAGCUCUACGUCAUGGAGAUCUCUGACAACCCUGGAAAACACGAGCUGGGAGAACCAGAGUUCAGAUACGUUGCUGGGAUGCAUGGAAACGAGGUUCUGGGCCGAGAGCUUCUCCUCAAUCUGAUGCAGUACAUCUGUCAGGAGUACAAGCGGGGCGACCAGCGCAUCGUCCGCCUCGUCAAAGAGACUCGCAUCCACCUGCUGCCCUCCAUGAACCCUGACGGAUACGAGAUGGCCUUUAAAAAGGGCUCAGAGUUGGCAGGUUGGGCCUGGGGUCGUUACAGCUACGAAGGUUUCGACAUGAACCACAACUUCGCCGACCUCAACUCGGGGAUGUGGAACGCCAUCGAGGUGGAGACGGACCAGUCCAAACUCAUCAACCACUACUUCCCCAUACCCGAGAUGUACACCUCCGAGGAAGCCUUUGUGGCCUCAGAGACCCGAGCUGUCAUCAACUGGAUGCAGGACAUCCCUUUCGUUCUCGGUGCUAACUUCCAUGGCGGAGAGCUGGUGGUCACCUACCCGUAUGACAUGACCAAGGACUGGGCGCCACGCGAGCACACGCCCACUGCCGACGAGAGCUUCUUUCGCUGGUUGGCCACGGUGUACGCCAGCACCAAUCAGGUGAUGUCCAACCCAGACCGGCGGCCCUGCCACAACAAAGACUUCAUCAGAUACAACAACAUCAUCAAUGGAGCCGAUUGGCACAACGUACCAGGAAGUAUGAAUGAUUUCAGCUACCUGCACACCAACUGUUUCGAGGUGACGGUGGAGUUGUCCUGUGAUAAAUUCCCUCAUGUCAGUGAGCUUCCCAUCGAGUGGGAGAACAACAGAGAGUCUCUGCUGGUUUACAUGGAGCAGGUCCACCGUGGAAUAAAGGGGGUGGUUCGUGACAAAGAUUCAGAGGCUGGUGUAGCAGAUGCCAUCAUUAAAGUCGAUGACAUUGAUCAUCAUAUUAGAUCAGUUGCCGAUGGCGACUACUGGCGUCUGCUGAACCCCGGUGAGUACCGGGUAACGGCCAGCGCAGAGGGCUACCUCCCAUCCUCCCGCACCUGCCAGGUCAUGUACGACCACUACCCAACAAUCUGUGACUUCCGCCUCACCAAGAUGCCCAAACAGAGGCUAAAGGACAUUUUGGCGAAGGGGGGUAAACUCCCCAAGGACCUGCAGCUUCGGCUGAGACAGCUCCGCCUGCGUAAGCUCCGUGCCACCACCAAGGCCAUCAACCAGAGGCGUACGGGCUCUGCUGCCAGACGGGCAAAGAGGAUGUGAUCGAUGAUGGAAGAUAGUAUGAGGACAAAGCUGGACUUGAUUUAGUUCACUCUGGGUUCAGAGACACCCAUCUUCACUGGAUUCAUGUCACUUUUGAAAAGAAAAUUUAUGUUUCAUAUUCUGCUGUGGAGCAGCAGAGCAGCUGGGGAAACAGUUCCUCACUUAAUGCCAGUGUUGUGGUGGUUUUCUGAAUUUUAAAAUGAAUGACCAGGAGGAUAAAGUGUUGACUUUCAGCCGUCGAGGUGUUUCCAUUCAGGAUUUGUACACAUUUUAUACACUGCAGCAGUCUUAAUACCUGUGUUAUGGAGCAGAAUGGUUGUUGGAAGAAGCCCUCACUUAUUUGGAUUGGUCAUUAAAAAAAACCAAUCGUCAUCAAACUGGAUGUGGUACCUUGUUGUUAAAUGCCUGAACUCCAUAAAACAUGACAUAAGUAAAAUGAUAAAAAAGACUGCCAUUAAAAAGUCUUGGUAUUGUUUGUCAUGAAAAACAGUCACAAAAAGCCAUGGUAUAGUAUGUUAUGAAAAAGUGCCUUAAAAGGUCAUGGUAUAGUAUGUCAUAAAUAAUGGCUGAUAAAAAGUCAUUUUGUAUUGUGUCAUAA